AUGGUAACCAACACACCAACAUCGUCUCUCUGCUCUGGCAACUCACUUGAGAAGGGCAACACCAGCCCAGACAAACACCCACCUUCGACACCGCUGGCACCUGCAACAACAGAAGGAUACUGUGGAUGUGGUCAUGGAGGACGCGGGGGAGACUACAUUGAGCAGAAGGAUACUGUGGAUGUGGUCAUGGAGGACGCGGGGGAGACUACAUCGAGCUGCUGCAGGACCACAACGAAGAGGAGCCAGCGCCGUCCUUCAUCCCUAACAAGAGUAGUGUCCAACCACACGCCUUGCCCUCCCACCUCUCAUGCAAACACACGUCCACCCACACCCUGCCCUCCACCUCAAGCCCAUUUUGACGACACGGACAAAGAUGAUCCUCUAUCUCUGCCUUUUAACUCCCUGGAAAACCCAUGCACCGAGACCACCACAUUGAGCAAAGGCAAAGGCAAAGCACAGCAGACCAAGACCAAGACCACCGCCACCGCCAAACCUCCACCUCCAGCCCGAUCCCUACCACCACCACCCAACUUCUCUCGAUUGCCCUCUCCCUCCUCUCACUCUCGGUGCUCGUCCUCAUGCCCCAAGUCGGCUUCGCAGCCGCAGUCGAGCAGACGGCUGAUGCUUGACGAGGACUGCAGAAUGCCAGCAGCAGCCCGUACCAAGAGCUCGACAAUGACAAUGAUGGCGUAG